AACAUCAUCAUCUCUUCUUCAUAGAUGCGCGGGUUUUGAUCAUCUCUGAGACAGAACUCGCUGCUAGGGUUUCACAAAAAGCUCAGCUUUCGAGAAUGGACGGAGAAGAGCUGACGGAGCAGGAAACUGCUCUAUACGACCGCCAAAUUAGGGUUUGGGGAGCUGGUGCUCAAAGGAGAUUGAGUAAAUCUCAUGUAUUGGUAUCUGGAAUAAAGGGGACUGUUGCUGAGUUUUGUAAGAACAUUGUGUUGGCAGGAGUUGGUAGUGUUACUCUGUUGGAUGAUCGGUUGGUUACAGAGGAAGCCUUCAACGCAAACUUCUUGAUUCUUCCUGAUGAGAAUGCUUAUGCGGGCAAAACCGUAGCUGAGAUUUGUUGUGAUUCACUUAAGGAAUUUAAUCCUAUGGUCCAUGUUUCAAUUGAAAAAGGUGAUUUGUCAACACUUGGUGUUGAUUUUUUCGAGAAGUUUGAUGUUGUGGUUAUUGGCUACAGUUCCCGAGCUACUAAGAAAGCUGUAAAUGAGAAAUGUAGGAAGCUAACCAAACGUGUGGCGUUCUACACAGUUGAUUGUAGAGGUUCAUGUGGUGAAAUAUUUGUUGACCUGCAGAAUUAUAAGUACACAAAGAAAAAACUUGAUGAAACUGUGGAAUGUGAACUAACGUUUCCGAGUUUUGAGGAAGCAGUUUCAGUACCAUGGAAACCGAUUCCAAGGAGAACAGCGAAGCUCUACUUUGCAAUGAGAGUGAUAGAACUAUUUGAGGAAACUGAAGGGCGUAAACCUGGAGAAUGUUCGCUGUCUGAUCUCCCAAGAGUCUUAAAACUCAAAAACGAACUCUGUGAUGGAAAUUCGGUUAGCGAGAAUCAUAUUCCAGAUAGCCUCUUGGAGAGACUUGUAUCUGGUAACACAGAAUUCCCACCAGCUUGUGCCAUCAUUGGAGGGAUUCUAGGACAGGAGGUGAUAAAAGUUAUAUCAGGCAAAGGAGAGCCGUUGAAAAACUUCUUCUACUUUGAUGCAGAGGAUGGGAAAGGUGUAAUCGAGGACAUAGCCCAUUAAGCCUCGCCUCAACUUCUAAUCCUUAAAAGUGCCGUGAAAUGCUGCUCUUAGUAAGUUAGUUCCUUGUUGAAGAUUGUAUUAGAGUGCUUAGAACUUGGCUCCUUGUCUUUUGUAUCUACUAACUUGGUUCGGUUUAAAAGACAAUGUGAAAUCCACUAGCUACUUUAUAAUCCAAUCUAUGUGAAUGUAUUGGUUCUAAA